AAAUUGGUGCGCUCGUCUCUUCAGCAAGCGAAGAUGUGCGCACACGAGCCCGCGUUGUUGGAGGUUCUGCGUGCGGCCCGGACGCAAGCAAUCAAUGCCUGCGAAGAGACCUUCCACUAUGACAGGUGGAACUGUUCUCUCAUAUUCAACAACAAACCCAAAAGAAGCAUUUUCAAGAAAAUAUUUAGGGAAACGGCUUUCGUGUACGCCCUCAUAGCAGCGUCAAUAACUCACGCAACCGCCAAAGCUUGUGCUUCAGGAGACCUUAUCAAAUGCUCUUGUUUGGGGGCAUUCAGAAAGAACGCCACGCAAUGGAAGGGCAGCGGUUGCGGGGACGACUUCAAAUAUGGCAAGAAAUUAACGCGCAAUUUCCUAGAGUUCAAACGGGCAGGCAACGAUCAUAUUGCCGAAAUCUUGAAGCAAGACGUCGUAAUGGGCAUUGAUUCAAUCGGAGAGCAAUUAAGGGAAGUGUGUAAAUGCCAUGGGUUCUCCGGAUCGUGCACUACUAAGACUUGCUGGAAGCGAUUGGGACCGCUCAAUUCCGCAAUGGGAUUAUUAAAGAAGCAUUAUCACCACGCUGUUAAAAGAAAGAUUGUCAAUUAUACAUCGAAAAGAGCGACUACUCCAAAGGUUAGAAAAAGGUUGAAUGUUGAUAAGAAGAAUUUGGUUUAUUUACAUAAGACGCCGAAUUUGUGUUUGAGUACGCGGGGCCGGAUGUGUAAAGACAGGCAUAAUUGCGCGACGUUGUGUUGCGGGAGGGGGUACAACACCUCUAAGACGUCUGUAACCUCAAGAUGCAAGUGUAGAAUGGUAAAUUGCUGUUUUGUUCAGUGCGACACUUGUACACAGGAAGUGGACAUUUAUACUUGUAAAUGA